AUGGCUCCCACUUUCCGCAUCCACCGACCGGAUGUUUUGGCUUCCCUGCCGCGUCCUCUCGACCACACAAAGGGCCAGUACCAUAUUGGAGAGGUCUACGCACAAAAGCCCGGAUCUAAGAAGAGGAAGAGGUUGGAGGUUGUUGUCGGUGUCGACGGGGAAGCAGCAAACAUUUAUCAUGUCCCUUCCUCUGGUCUGCGAACAUCCUACCCGAUCCCACCUCAAGAGUCCUUCACCUGCGCGCCGUAUUCGAUUCGAUACCAGGGAGCCGGCGCGAGCGGUCGCAACAACUACACCUACCUCUCAACGCAAGACUCGACAGGCGCAAAGAUCACCCUCUGCCGAGAUGCUAUCGACGUGACUGGCAAGACAAGCUCUACCAGCACAUCUCAGCGAGUGCGUCACAAGCACCCGAUCACCUACCUCUUCACAUCGUCCGCUGUCGACACCACCGUUGUGAGCGACGCACCGCAGUCCGAGAGGGGCGACGUGCUCGGUCUCUGUAAGGAUGGGCAGGUUCUGUGUUUGGACGGCGAAGCUUUGGAGCAGAAGUGGAGCGCAGCUUCCUACAGCCUGUGCAAGGACCUGCUUCCCUCGACCAUUUCCGAGUAUGAGGUCGAAUUUUCUCUGCACGCUGCGGCGUCAGAGGUCCUGAAUGGGCUGUUCCAGGGCAGACAAGACGCUUUUGGCUCUUUUGGGCGACAGAUCGACCCCAAGACCUUCAACCCGGACGUGCUCGCCAUCGUUGUCCGCGCCGACAGCGAAGAUACGAUAUCGAGAUUCCUCAUCAUUCUCGGCGUCUUGCCUACUGUCACUUCGCAGCCGUUGGUCCAGCUACACGUGACACCCUUGCCUUCUCAAGAUGACGUUGCAGCUGAGCUGGCUACUUACCAGCUUCACAUCCAGUCUGGAAAGCUCCUCCAGCUGUCCGGCGCUGUCCUCCGAACCUACGACCUUACGAGUGCCGUACCCAAGUUGCAGGGUCGCUUGCCUCUGCCCGAGCUUACCUCGUUCCUCCAGCUGUCAGAGCACUCAGCCCUCUGCCUGUCCCAGAACUCUGCUAGCAUGGUGAACCCCACCUUCCACUCGGUCCAGGCUUCGACGGCGAUUCAGCUUCCCGAAAGCACCGAGCAGCAGAAGCCGACGCUGAUCACCUUCUUAUCCAAGUUGGACAUGGCAGUUGCUGUCGUUGGCAGCACCCUGGUUUCCAUCCAGAUUGAGCGACCCAAGUCCCACAGCAAGGAGGGCCUUCUCAUCGACUCCAUAGGACGAGGCCUGCCAAGAUCGGACCGCGUGCCGGCGAGCUUGCCCAAGACGGGGGAUUCGACGUUCGAGAACUACCUCCCUGGAACCCUCUCGGACGAAUACGUCAAGGAGUCGUUGGCGGACGUGGAGAAGGCGGACGGAUAUCUCCUGGCACAAGACUGGAAGGCCUUCGAGGGCCUCUUGGCACAGCGGUUCGGGGUCGCCAUCGACCAAGACGCGGAGGUCACUGGUGUCCAGACGCCCGACUGGAAGUGGCUGGAACGCUCAGACAAGUAUCCCGCAGUGGACCGCCGGUGGGUGCUGUACGCCAUCAGCAGGGUGUUCUCGAUGGACACCCAGGCCGAGGAAGGUGGCCUCCUUCGCUGCAUGCUUCCCGCGAGCAACGUUAUGAUCUACCUCAUCGCCGCCGGUCAUCUCACCAACGCCAAUAUGUCUGCCGCCUUCAGGAGCGAGCUGGUCGAGGCGGCAUCCAAGGAAUCGAUCAUCGACAAGCUUGUCCAGCGACUCGUCGACAUGGACCCGGCCAUGGAGCUGCUAUUGAACUAUGUCUCAGCGACCAAGCUUGGCGAGAAGGAACUCCUCCUCGUCAUCCGCAUCAUCAUGCGCAGCCUCGACCAGCAAUCCAGACUCUUGCUCCCCGCGCCGACGGAGACUAAGGAGGAAGAGUAUGUGGCGAUGGAGAUUGACCAUCUUGAGAAGGAGCUCGAGAUGGCCGAGUAUCAUUUGGGCGACGACACGAACCUUCGCGCACGGGCCCUAACGACGGCGUUUGAGAAGCUCUCAAACUACUCAUCAGUCGCCACGGUACGGGCUCUUCGCGAAACGUUCAACCCGACAGAGGUCUUGUCACUCAUUCACUUGCUGCGUAUCCAGCUCAUCGGCAGUGCCUGGACAUCAAGAUACGUGGACUCGACAAACUUUGACAAGGACGAGGCCGCAAGAGCGCCGCCCGACGGCGCCAUCUCGCUCAUCGCGGAACUCCUCUCCCGGUGCAUUGAUUCCGUAGGGCCCAGUGGGUGGCUUACAAAUGGCACAUCCGUUGGAGACCGCGCGGACGCGGCUGAUUUCAUCACGGCAUUAAAGCUCGAGGUCAGCGCAGCCCUGGAGGGCCUGAACGAGGCCGUCUAUCUGGACGGCAUCGUCGGCGAGGCGGUCCAAUACGGCAGAGCAGUCAAGGCUGGGGUUAAGACGGCGCCCUCUGGGCGUGCUCAGGCCCUCGCUAAGCCGGUGUCGCUUGACGUCGAGAGCUCGCCUCAUCUGCCUCUGGGACUCGUGUCCAAGCAAAGCGUGUCCAACCUCAAGAUCGUCUCGGGCGGUGAGGUGCUUGAGAGGAGCUCCCGUGAAAAGGGACACCUGCUGAGUCAGAAGGUCAAGGCAUACUCUCUGGAGAGGAUUUCCAUUUGA